ACUACUACAGACCGCGUCCAAAAAGUUCCUCUCUCUAUACUUUCUCUCUAGAAAUCUUGGGUCUUUUAGUUCAUAGGGAGACGAGCUACGAGGUGGCUCUUACUCAGCGUUUUUUGUCAACUUAUGUCAAGAAAGUAAUUAGGUCAGUGUUGGAAAAACUUAUCAUAAAGAGCUAGGGCUUGGUAGUUGGUAUCAUCACUGAUAGUGGUAAAAAGCUUGGGCUUGUAACUUGUGGGUCGCUUUGGAUAUCAGGAAUUUUGUUGUUAUUUUCAGUGUAAAGGGUUUCUGCUAUUUCAGUCGAGGAAGCUGGGAUUUUGUUGUUAUCUGAGUUGGGUUUUUGGGUAAUUUUGAGUUGGGAAUUCCUUUGCCUUCAGAAGAUUAGGAAAAGUGGGCAGUAGUUAUAAGAGAGGAAAUUGAGAAUUUAGAUGAAUUUUGUUGGGGAAAGGAUAAUGAUGAGAACAGAUUCCAUGCUGAAAUUCUGGGUUGUUGGUGUGCAACUGGGAGAAGAAUUUCGGGACACAAGUGUUGUGAUGAGCCAGUUUUUUAUGAAGAAACUCUAGCGCUUACUCUUUUGUAUUUGGUCAAAAGAUUUCGGUUUGUUCUUGUAAAUGGAUUACUCCUUUUCGUCUAGAGAGAAAGAUAACGGUUACAUUUCGUCUGAUGGGGGAGCAAGGCAUUCAAUUUCUGAAGACCCCUUCAAUAAUGGUUUGAACUUCGAUACGUAUGCUGGAUGGUGCAGCAGCCCGUCGAACACGGACCAAAUGUUUGCCCCUUUUGCAUUUUCACCCCCUCAAUCAAUGCCCUCGAAUUACACCCCCUUUGAUGGAUUAAACUUCGCUGAACAGAACACUAAUACCUUUGCAGGGCCCGAUUGCGAUAUCACUGGAAGUCCUUAUAAUGGUGGAGACAAAAUGGUUUUCCAGCAAAUCAAUACCCAAAUUGGUUUUCCAAUGGAAUCCACCAGUUGGAAUGAAUCUACUACCAAAAAGGGUAAUUCUUCCUUUCACCAAAACCAGUUCGAUGCAGGAAAUUGUCUCAUACCUCGUCCAUUUGCACAAACACUAGCUGAGAAAAUGCUAAGGGCAUUGUCCUUGGUUAAAGAGUGGUCUGGUGGUGGUAUUUUGGCGCAAGUUUGGGUUCCAAUUAAACAAGGUAAUCAAUAUAUCUUAAGUACUUGUGAGCAACCCUACUUGCUUGACCAAGUGCUUGCUGGGUAUCGCGAAGUAUCAAGGGCGUAUACCUUCGCCGCAGAAGUGAAGCCGGGUUCUUUUCCUGGGCUUCCUGGCCGGGUGUUCAUAUCGAAAUUUCCAGAGUGGACUUCUAAUGUUGGUUACUACAAUCCGGCAGAGUACUUGAGGGUUCAGCAUGCAGUCAAUCAUGAAGUUCGUGGAUCCAUUGCUGUGCCUGUUUUUGAGGAUGAUCUGGUUGAAAUGUCUUGCUGUGCUGUGUUGGAACUUGUGACUGUCAAAGAAAAACCAAAUUUCGAUUUGGAGAUGGAGAACGUUUGUCGCGCACUCCAGGCUGUGAAUUUAAGGAGCACUGCACCUCCUAGGCUUUACUCCCAGUGUCUUUCAAUGAAUCAGAGGGCCGCUUUAGCUGAGAUAAAAGAUGUUUUACGAGCCGUAUGUCACGCUCAUCGAUUGCCCCUUGCUCUAACCUGGAUCCCUUGUUGUUACAAUGAGCGAGUUGGGGAUGAAGUCUCCAGAUUACGUGUUAAGGGUGGAAAUGCAAGUUUAAAUGAGAAAUUUAUGCUAUGCAUAGAGAAUACGGCUUGCUACGUGAAUGACAGAGAGAUGCAAGGAUUUGUGCAUGCAUGUGCAGAGCACUAUCUUGAGGAAGGGCAAGGUAUAGCUGGAAAAGCUCUUCAAUCAAAUCAUCCCUUUUUCUUUCCAGAUGUCAAGGGAUAUGAUAUCAGUGAGUAUCCAUUAGUCCAUCACGCACGCAAGUUUGGCCUUAAUGCUGCUGUUGCAAUACGGCUAAGGAGCACCUACACUGGCGACGAUGACUAUAUAUUAGAGUUCUUUCUCCCUUUGAAUAUGAAAGGGAGCACAGAACAACAACUCUUGUUGAACAACCUCUCUGGUACCAUGCAAAGGAUUUGUAAGAGUUUGAGGACGGUUACGGAUGCUGAAUUAUUCGGUGCAAAGGGUUCUAAAGUCGAGUUUGAAAAUGGAUCACUUGCAAAUUUUCCCCCAACUGUGGAUUUUUCAAGGAGACAAACAUUAGCUAAUAAUACAACUCAUAUUGAACCAGUGCCACCAGGUGUCUCUGACCCGCAAAAUAUACGACGAGAACUAGAUGCUCCUCAGGAACAGAUGAGUGGAUCAAGGAGACCGACAGAGAAAAAGCGGAGUACUGCAGAGAAGCAUGUGAGCUUAAGUGUUCUUCAGCAAUACUUUUCUGGGAGUCUCAAGGAUGCUGCCAAAGGCAUUGGUGUUUGCCCAACGACACUCAAGAGGAUAUGCAGACAACAUGGGAUCUCAAGGUGGCCAUCCCGCAAGAUAAACAAGGUGAACCGUUCCUUGAGGAAGAUACAAACAGUGCUCGACUCUGUUCAAGGCGUCGAUGGAGGGCUGAAAUUCGACCCCACUACGGGUGGUCUUGUGGCUGCAGGCUCCAUUAUCCAAGAUUUCAAUGCAGGGGGAAGCAUUCUCUUCCCCAGCAAAAACACACCUAUUAAGAAACCGAAACCAGUUGCGCCUUCAGUUUGUUCACCCUCUUGUACUGAUAGUGAAAAUUCUACUGUGAAAUUGGAAAGGGAGGAGAAUUACAUUGAUGGGAAUAACCAAGUAGAACGACAGGGGAGGAGUCUGUAUGUGCCAAAUGCCGAAAUUCCUCUGGCUGACUGUUGCAAUGGUUGCAAGUCAGUUGGGUUUGUCCCACCAUCUGAGAAUUCUUCACUGUGUUCUUACUCUCAAUCCAAAACUUUGGGUGCACAAAACAGAAGCGCUUUGACAUUAGAGAAUUCUGAUUCACACUUUGUUUCUGCUGAGAUGGAUAUCAGAAUGAACGUUGAAAUUGGUGUGGAAGCCAAUGAUAGGGUCCUUGGACCUAACCACCAAACGUGUCCCACUUCUUCAGGAACGACAGACUCAUUGAACAGUUCUGGUUCAAUGAUGAGUGGCAGUUCGUCAAGCUCUCAUAGCUUUGGUGAAAGAAAAAUCACCAAUUUUUUUACGAGCUCUUGCGAUAGUGGAUCCAAGAUCACAGUGAAAGCUACUUACAGAGAAGAUACGGUUAGGUUUAAAUUCGAGCCUUCUUUAGGGUGUAGCCAGCUGUAUGAAGAAGUUGCAAAGAGGUUCAAAUUGCAAAUGGCGUUGUUUCAACUCAAAUAUUUGGACGACGAAGAGGAAUGGGUGUUGUUGGUAAGUGAUUCUGAUUUGCGGGAGUGCCUUGAGAUAUUGAGUUUUGUUGGGACUCGCAGUGUGAAGUUUCUCGUUCGUGAUGUCCCUUGCAAGACGGGCAGCUCUGGCAGUAGCAAUUCCUUCUUGGCAGCAAAUUCUUAGGAAGUCUUAGGUAUGAAGUUGGGUCCAUGUCAAAAAAAAAAAAAAAGAAGUUGGGUAACCUUUGUAUAUUGCUUUCAUUUUCAUUUCUGUUUUCCAAUUGGCAUUCUGGUGAGUUGGUGGUUUGUAGAUGAGAUCAUAAUAUGCCUUUCGGAGCCUCUUUUUUCAUUUUUUUUGGUGUUCUUGCGGUUAACAAUCAUGGUGUCACACAUCAGGAAUAUCUCGUAAUAUUUUGAAACGAUGUGUUGUGCUAUGAUUGGUUAUUGCAGGAAUUCAGAAAAGGAUAAAGGAUGGGGUAGAAGGUGAGGAAUGAAAGGCAAGGGUGGCUCCACAGAUGUGUCAAUGUAUAGGUCUGUAAAUGCUAGAAGCAGUAAAAGUUGCAGUAGUUGAAUAGAUUUUCCUCUGAUGCUCUUAACUUCAAUUUGUAUAGUUUCCAUUUGAUGCUUUUGAAUUA